AUGCGGCUGGAGACUGCCAGGAUGGACCUCAUAAAAAAGUUGUGGACGGCGCGUAAACUGAUUCUGGUUGUGAUGAUUCCGCUGUCCCUGCUGCCGCUUCCCCUGAUCCACCCAAGCAGCGAGUCCUCCUGUGCCUACGUGCUGAUUGUGACUGCAGUGUACUGGGUAUCAGAGGCUGUGCCGCUUGGUGCUGCUGCUCUGGUGCCAGCUUUCCUGUAUCCACUCUUUGGGGUCCUCAAAUCAAGUGAGGUGGCUUCAGAAUACUGUAAGGACACCACUUUGCUGCUAAUGGGGGUCAUAUGUCUGGCUGCCUCCAUUGAGAAGUGGAACCUUCAUAAACGCAUUGCCCUGCGCAUGGUCAUGAUUGCUGGAGCCAAACCUGGCAUGCUGGUCUUGGGGUUUAUGUGCUGUACAGUCUUUCUGUCCAUGUGGCUGAGUAACACCUCCACCACUGCCAUGGUCAUGCCCAUUGCUGAGGCUGUCCUUCAGCAGCUUAUCUACACUGGCAUCGCCGACACUCAUGAAGAGUCUGAGACUGUUGAAACGCAGGAUGAGGAGACUGAUAAAGAGGAGAACGUGGACAAGAAUCAGCUUGAGCUGCUGUAUCGCAAAGACGGCAGUGGGAAACAGGAGCUAUGCACAGUGUCUGAGGAAGCAAAUGGUGUAGCACAAAAACCUGGACUGGAGCUAGACUUUCCAAAGCAAAAUAAUGGUUAUUUACCAGAGACUGCUAUUAGCAUUCCUGUGCCAAAGAAACCCAAAAUUCGUAGGGACUCAAUGUACCCCACCAAGAGGGAUCAUAUGAUCUGCAAAUGCCUGUCCCUCAGCAUUACUUAUGCUGCCACCAUAGGAGGCCUAAUCACCAUCACAGGGACCUCCACUAAUCUCAUCUUCGCUGAACAAUUCAACAAUCGUUACCCUGAAGCGAAGGUUAUCAACUUUGGCACUUGGUUUAUCUUCAGUUUACCAAUCGCCCUCAUUAUGUUGGUUUUAACCUGGCUCUGGCUCCACUUCCUGUUCCUGGGAUGCAAUUUCAGAGAGACAUGUUCCCUAAGCAAGAAACGCAAGACCAGGAGAGAGAUUUUGUCAGAAAAACGCAUCCAUGAAGAGUACCAGAAACUUGGGCCUAUCAGCUAUCCUGAAGUGGUUACUGGUAUCUUCUUCGUUCUAAUGACCUUGCUGUGGUUCACAAGGGAACCGGGCUUCGUCCCAGGCUGGACAUCAUUGUUUGAGAAGAAAGGCUAUCGAACAGACGCCACAGUCUCCGUGCUGCUAGGCUUCCUCCUGUUCCUCAUCCCUGCACGCAAACCCUGGCCAUCUGCAUUCCCCAGCCAGGCCGAAGACUCUGAGGACAGUGAUGAGGAUCCUCUGGCACCAAUGAUCACAUGGAAGGACUUCCAGAGGCUCAUGCCAUGGGAGAUUGUCAUUCUGGUAGGAGGUGGAUAUGCCCUGGCUGCAGGCUGUAAGGUGUCAGGGCUGUCCAUGUGGAUUGGCCGGCAGCUGGAGCCAAUGAGUGGUCUCCCGCCAUGGGCAGUCACCCUGCUGGCCUGCCUGCUGGUCUCUGCAGUCACAGAGUUUGCCAGCAACCCAGCCACCCUCACUGUCUUUCUGCCCAUCCUCUCUGCCCUGUCAGAGACUCUGCAGAUCAACCCUCUGCACACGCUUAUCCCCACCACCAUGUGCGUGUCCUUUGGGGUUAUGCUGCCUGUCGGAAAUCCGCCCAAUGCCAUUGUGUUCAGUUAUGGACAUGUGCAGAUCAGGGAUAUGGUGAAGGCAGGUUUCGGGGUAAACCUGAUCGGGGUUCUGGUGGUGAUGUUGGCGAUCAUGACUUGGGGAGAACCUCUUUUCCACCUGACAGAGUUUCCAGCCUGGGCAGUGAUGAGGAAUGUCACCGGCAGCUUGUAG